GUUGAAGAGACCUCACCUGGGGUACAGUGACACAGUGGCCUUCUCCAUGGAGCACAGCUCCUACCAGUGCUUCAGGAAGAGUGCCAGAUUUGGAAGGCACCUGGUCAACUUCUUCCUGGUGUGGACACAGCUGGGAUUCUGCAGUGCAUACUUUGUGUUCCUGGCAGAGAAUAUCAAACAGGUCGUUGAGGGAUACCAAGGUGUAAACAUCACCCUGGCAGAUGAGUUCUUCGACAACACCUCCAUGUUGCCAGCCCCCGUCCCUCUACCCACCAUGAUGCCAGCCCCUGAUUUUGGGGACCUUCAGCGUCUCCCUCUCACUUCCCCCUUGGGCAAGUUCCCCUUCUUCUUCGGAACAGCCAUCUUUGCCUUCGAAGGCAUCGGAGUGGUUCUUCCUCUAGAGAACCAGAUGAAGGAACCGAAGAGAUUCCCCGCGGCUCUAAACAUCGGGAUGGGCAUCACCAUCGUCCUCUACGUUGUCUUGGCAAUGCUGGGCUACCUCCACUUUGGUGAUGACGUCAAAGGAAGCAAAACCCUUAACCUUCCUCAUAACGCAUGGACCAAUCAGAUGGUGAAGAUCCUGUACUCCUUUGGAGUGUUUGUCAGCUUUGCCAUCCAGUCCUUCGUCCCGGCGGAGAUCAUGAUUCCCCCGGUCCAAGCAAGGCUAUGGGAGAGCUGGAGGGCACCCUGUGAGACGAUCCUCAGAGGCCUGCUCGUCUGCCCCACACUCUACCUAGUAGUUAACAGGUUCUCCUUUGCCGUGCUGAUCCCUCGUCUGGACUUGGUAAUCUCCCUGGUGGGUGCCGUGUCCAGCAGUGCCCUGGAGCUAGGUCGGAACUGGACCACACCUACUGCUGCUGCAGUGAACUUGGAAUGACCUUGGAUUACCUUAAAAGGACCUGUAGGUAUGGCUCCUAGGGCAGC